CAGGUACUUCAGGCAUUUCGGAAAAUAUAAUGCAAACAAACGCGUUGACAGCUGCGCCUGCUCCCCGGGCCUCGCUGGAGCCUGCUCAGGCCCUGGCAUCGGCGCUGCCAAGCCCAUCAGGCCGGGGCAUGGUGCCAGGCUGCCCUCUGCAGAGCCAGCGCCUCCCGGACUGCUGAGGUCACUCGCCUCGCCGGUGUCCGCUGAUAGGAAGGCAGCAGCCUUCACCCUCGCCUAACCCGCUGUCCCCCCGCUGCCCCUUGCCCUAAGGAGCCUCCAGCGGCAGCCAAGACUCCUCUGCACCUGGCAGCUAGGGCGGCCGGGCGGGCAGGUGGGCAGGCAGACGGUCGGGGAAGGACGGGCGGGGGCUCUCACAUCCCCCCAUCUCUUGGACCAGUCCCGGGGCUCUGCUGACCAAGCCAACAGCUGGAAACCGGCAAGAGAGUGACUUAAAGGAAACGGACUUUCUUCCAUCCCCACCCCCACCCCUAUUUGUUUUUUUCCACCACUUUAGCGUUUCUGGACAUUUGGUACCUCUGGAUCCAGAAGCCAAGGCUCCUUCUUCAGUGGGAUACAUAGUAGCAGCCCAUGCAUAUGAUGCUAGAGGCAGACCCUCCCAGGGAAGCCCUGGGGAAACCCCAAUCUGCUUAAAACCUUUAGAAGAUUGUCCUGUUUGGGACAGUUGUUGGAGGACCCAGACUCUUGGGAUGACUUACAGCCCAGUUUCCCCUCGGGACUUGUACCGAAGCAGCCCCUCUACCCCAGAGCCUGACCUGGGGACCACCACAGAUGGGGCUGCUUCAGAGAGCGCUACCCUCAGUCCUGAAACUACCAGUUUUAACAGCACCAAGAUUCCAGAUGUGGCCAGCAGCGGGACCAACAUGGGGACAAUGUUACUAUCCUUUGGAAUCAUCACUGUGAUUGGCUUGGCCAUGGCAAUGGUUUUGUACAUCAGGAAAAGGAAGAGGCUGGAGAAGCUGCGGCACCAGCUUAUGCCCAUGUACAAUUUCGACCCCACGGAGGAACAAGACGAGCUAGAGCAGGAGCUGCUGGAGCAUGGGAGAGAUGCGGCCUCCGCACAGGCCUCUCAGAACAAGAUCUUGCUGACGAACCAGGGCCCGAUGCAGAGACCCAGCCGGCUGGUUUUCACUGACGUGGCCAACGCCAUUAACGCUUGACUGGCGUCGGUCCUAGUCGUGGGAUGCAGCUGGGGCAAGGAGGACAACGCCCUUCACUGGCCAGCACUAACUCUACUGAUGGGAGCCCAGAGCUGGCUCUGUGGGGAAGGUCUCCCGGACAUUUCUAUUUCUAGCCCACACAGUGCUGCCUGACCUGCAAUUUAUAAAGCUCCAGUUGGACAUAAAAUUGACAUCACAGCCCAGCAUGUGGAGAGAUAGUGUGCCCAUGACAUAGGACAAAAAUGGGACCUGAGGGGCCUGGGUCCUCUCUUCAGGAGGCAUGAACCCACUCCACAAUUUAUGGGUUUUCUGUAUCUCACCCUUCCUCUCUCUUUCCCCUCCUCCCACCCUUCCUCCCUAUGCUUCAGGCAAAUCACACCGGGGUAAUACCUGGCUUAAACUGAUGGACAAAGAAGUUGGAAUUUAUGAGUACAACAGGCUAAAAUUUGGGUCAAGUUCAGUGGUCAGCUUUUGUGUGUGCACGUGUGAAGCUGAAGCCAUCAUACCCACAAAGCCUUUCCAUCCUUUCCUCCUACCUUGUCCCCAAAUGGUAUAUUACUAUUCAAUAAAAAAUAGAGGAAAAGGGGUGAAGGGGGAAAGGGAGGGAUAAAAAUAGAAAAGAAAAAGGUCAACAAAAGAUAAAGGAGAAGGGGUGAACGGGAGAGGGAAGGAUAAAAACAGGAAAGAGAAAGAAAGGGAUAGAGAAGGAGAGAUGGAGUGAGGGAUAGUUAGAAGAAAAGAAAGAAAGGGAAGAAAGAGAAGGAGAGAGAGAAUAGAGAUAGAAAAAAGACAGAAAUGGGAGAGAAAGAUGUAAGGAAAGCAAGGAAGGAGAGUCUGGGCAGGCUCUCAUUAGAGCCCUGAUCUAUGUCUGGAAUCUCUACAUGCUUGGAACAAAUACUUCCAUUUUUUAUGGAAAAAGUCUCUGUUGAGUUGAGUGGGUGGAUCUGGAGUUAGAAAGGGAAACCAGUGACUCAUGGAAAGGCUCCCCUCUGCACCGCCCCCCCCCCCGCCCCAUCCCCUACUUAAGGCUCCUGAGAUUGAUUAUGAGGCCAAUAUAGAGUUGUAUUUUUAGAGGGUAAGACACUUGAGAUCCUUAUUUGUACCCCUGAAGAGUCAAAGAAGGGCUGAGAGACAUGUGGAACAAUCAAAGGCACUCAGAACCAUCUACCUUUCAAACUCACCAUUGAACAGAUGGCAUGUGAACACUUCUGGAUUAGCAUCUGGACUAGACUUGGCUUGGAGGAGAGAUGAUUUCUGUGAGAGUCUAUGCUGACUAUUCCAGAUAAUCUAGCUGCACCAUUAAUAAAUGUCUGGAGUGUGUGUGUGUGUGUGUGUAUGUAUGUGUGUGUGUAUGCGCAUGCAUGUUUCUAUGUAGAAGCAUAUAUGCCUCUGCUUUUGUAUGUGAUAAAACAUACAAAACAACAACAGACAUAUUUGUUGAACAUGUACGUAUCUGUCUGUGUGCCUGUAAAGACCAGAAGAUCAGUUUUUGUUGCUUUUUUAAUUCCCAAAGUAGACACUUAAUCCAUCUAAAAUAACUUCCUCUUAUGAUUCUGGUGGUGCUAUCAGAAUAAGACUGUUUCUUGACUCUAGGUUGGGUGGGAAUGAGCAGGUAGUUGCUUCCUGUCAUCUGAGAAGUCAUGGGAACUGGGCUAGGAGACAACUGGAGGAGGUAGAGGGAUGGGAAGCAGAAGCCAGCUCAGGUCUAAUCUCCAAAGGACAAUGUUAACAUUUUGAUGAACCUUUCCCCUUUCCUCCUUUAUGGAGCAAGAACACUCUUCAAAAGGCAAACCAUGUUCUCUAGUCACCUUUCAAUAAAUACUGCACUACCUAUAGCUGCAGACCCUUAAAAUUGGGGAGCCUUAUACCCCACCAGGAUUGGGGUGGGGUGUUGCUGACAGCUCAGAGGAAAGGGACAAAAGGAGGUCUUUGGAAAACACCCCGCAAAGCAUCUUGUUUGUUUGUUGGGCUGACUACAUUAGAGCCAGACCUUCCACUCAGGGAGUGGAUACCCAAUUGAAUUCAACUAAUGCAAUUCAAAAAAUAUCCAUUAAACAUCUGCUGCCCUGUAAAGCUUUGCUAGGCCUUAGAAACCAUAUACAGUUUAUCUAAGACAGGAUCCUUGCCCUUCAUGGUGCUCAGGAUUUAGGAUGAAAAAAAGACAUAAACACGAAUAAUUAUAAUGAACAAUAUUUCCUUUUUAAAUAGUAUUUUAUUUUUUCCCAAAAACAAUUUUUAAAAUUCAUUAAAAAUUUUUUUGAGUUCCAAAUUUUCUCCCUCCCUCCCUUACUUCUCCCCUUCUUAAAAUGAUAAGCAAUUCGAUAUAGAUUAUAUAUGUGCAGUCAUGUAAAACAUUUCCAUUUUAGUCGUGUUGAUGCACAAUAUUUCUUGACAGGUUCAUUAGAGAGGUUCAAAGUCUUGUAUGAGAUCUCAGUUUAUUCUUAAAGUUAAAAAAAAAAUUUCCCCUGUUUCCCAGGUAGAUUAUAAGAUCUUUGUGGACAGGUCUGUCUCACUUUUGUUUUUGUAUCCUCAGCAUCUAAUAUAGUGUCUGGCACAUAAUAGAUGCAUAAUAAAUGCUUGUUGGUUAAUUUUGUAUUUAAAA